UAGUUUAGGGUCUGUAGCAUCAGAGAGAGAGAAAAUAACAGUUUUCUGUAUAGAUAAAGGCUGUAAUUAAAAGACGCACGCUCUGAGAACGGGACAAAUCUCUCAAUAUAACGGCAAGGUGUCUGGUGCCGGACCCAUCCGCGCACAGUAGGUUUGUGAGGAGCAGCAGUAGCUCUGCUGGUACAGCACAGUUAUCUAGAGCGCGAAUCUACUUAUUCACACCAUGGACAGCAGCGGCAACUCAUCGGAACCCCUGUACCAGUUUCCAAACCUUGGCACGAUCAACGGUACCGGUUUCUGUCGGAACUUCGGCAACAACACUACUCUUUUGGACUCAAAUGGAUCAACGUGUGAACCAACAGUCAUUCUGAACAAAGGUUCUACUCCCAUGACCAUCGCAAUUGUCAUAGCAGCCCUUUACUCAAUCGUGUGUGUGCUCGGGCUGGUCGGCAACGUGCUCGUCAUGUAUGUCAUUGUAAGAUACACCAAGAUGAAAACGGCCACCAACAUCUACAUCUUCAACCUGGCCCUGGCCGACGCCCUGGCCACCAGCACUCUUCCCUUCCAGAGCAUCAACUACCUGAUGGGCACCUGGCCCUUCGGGGAUGUGCUCUGCAAAAUGGUGAUUUCCAUCGACUACUACAACAUGUUCACCAGCAUCUUCACCCUCACCACCAUGAGCGUAGACCGCUACAUCGCCGUCUGCCACCCCAUUAAGGCUCUGGACUUCCGCACGCCGCGCAAUGCCAAGAUCGUCAACGUCUGCAACUGGAUCCUGUCCUCGGCCAUUGCCCUGCCAGUCAUGUUCAUGGCAUCCACCAUGGAGGACAAGUACAGCCCAGGCUUCACAGACUGCACUCUGCUGUUCCCCCACCCCUCCUGGUACUGGGAGAACCUGCUGAAGAUCUGCGUCUUCAUCUUCGCCUUCAUCAUGCCCGUCCUCAUCAUCACCGUGUGCUACGGCCUGAUGAUCCUGCGUCUGAAGAGCGUGCGCAUGCUGUCGGGCUCCAAGGAGAAGGACCGCAACCUGCGCCGCAUCACCCGCAUGGUGUUGGUGGUGGUGGCUGUCUUCAUCGUGUGCUGGACGCCCAUCCACAUCUUCGUCAUCAUCAAGGCCCUGGUGGAAAUCCCCAAGUCGCUGCUGCAGACGAUCACCUGGCACUUCUGCAUCGCUCUGGGCUACACCAACAGCUGUCUCAACCCUGUCCUCUACGCCUUCCUGGACGAGAACUUCAAGCGCUGCUUCCGCAAGUUCUGCGUGCCCACCUCCCCGGGCCUGGAGGUGCAGAACUCGGUGCGAACACGCAACCCACGGCGGGAGCACAACUCCAGCGGCCCCACCCAGGAGCGCAGCAGACAGCAGGUAUGACUAGCCAUGAAGGCCUCAUCGCCAGGCAACAGCGUGCAGUCUGAGACUACCCAGGUCACCGCGGGGCUCUGAGACUGUUUGACACAUCGGUUCGGCAAAUGGCUGUUAACAUGGCUUCUCUCCGUAUAGGUUGCCCUGAGCACUACGAAUGUAGACUUGCCAAGACACUGCCAGCCAACUUGCACGGAAUCAUGAUGGACUUUUGGUAGAAUCUUGCUCCUCAGCAACAUCCAGUCUGCCACACAUGAAAUAUCUUCAUACGGUUGUGCCAAGUAAAGUUUAGCUGUCAGUCAUAGAUAGCUGUGCCCUUUUGCAGUAAAAGCUGUUUAAAUAGAUUAGGGGGUCACUACAACCUGACCUUUUUACACCUGUUCAAUUUUUCCUUGAGAGCAAGUCAUUGAGAACCUUCUGUCAAGGUCAGCGUGAAGGCAUCUUUGCUAACAGUUCUUAGGCAUUAAGUAGCUUUUCAUCUGAAUGUGUUUAAAAAAGAAAAGCUUGCAGCUGUAGACCCGAGUACAGGGAAGUGCUGUCGAGUCUAUUGCCCUCGCUCUUUUCACAAGACCACGCAUUCUUCUAAUCUUCGGUGUUGUAAUGAACUGAUAAUUUUUCUACAACAUUUUUAGAUAUACAUCUCAUAAACGGAAUAUCCUGACUGGUUAAGUGUUAAAGCAUAUGUAUGUUAUUUUCAUAUCUGCUGUCAUUUUUAACUCUCACGUGCCAGUAUUUCUCCCCUUUUCUUGCAAAUAGGCCUGUCAUUUCGCCAGAAAAAUCCACACCUUGUAUUUUGAAAUUAAUAUCAAGGAAACAAAAAAAAAAAAAAAGGAAUUUUGUAACCAAGAUUACUCACACACAGGAGUUUCGAUACCUGUGGUUUCAUUUUUGUGUCUUUUAUCUUUGUACUGAGUUCUAGGAUUUCACCAUGUAUUCUUUAACUGCAUGAGUCUGCAACCAUGCUGGGCUGUAAUGGCUUCUCUCUUUAAUUAUGCAUUCAUACCACUUAUAUAUUUUGACAUUGCCAACUAAAUUUAAAAUUGCAUUAAUCUUUUAAAUGUGAGCCCACAAACUGGGUCUUAAAUUUGACGAAAAUGAUUUUCCACAGCACUGGGGCGCCUUUCAUGUUCCCCCAGGUCAUCAGUGCUCCCGUUUGGAGGCCUAAAUUUCCUAAAAUAUCUUUGUAAAUGACAGCUUUGUUAGGAGUUCAUUGCUAUAAGAUGCCGGAGUCAGUAUGUGUUUUUGAGCUUUGUCACUCAAGGUGUUCUUUGACUACCACGCAUUCUCCCGUUUAAUGUAAAUUUGCAUGCAACUCCAAUAACUUUUUGAUAAGUUUUCUUCAUAAUACACUUUCAAGGCUUCACACAUUGCUCAUAAUGAGAAACUAAUAAUCAAUAUAAUAGUCUGCGUUUUUCCAAAAGAAUUCAUUAAAUAAACAAUUACCUGUUA